AUGGCGCCUGGCAUUACAUUAGCAGAGGCAUUAGGCCUCACCAUUGAGGACGACACCAAGAGUGUCGCCGUUCAGGAAGACACCAAGACUAUCGCCAAAGAGACCAAUGGCACAACAGAAACAAAAGAGACCAACGGUCACACCACAAAUGGCGAGCCCAAGUCGAAUGGUGACGAGGCAGCAGCAGAGACCACUGAAGAGGAGCAGAAAGACGCGGAAGAGCCCAAGAAGCCUCUUGCCCCUGUCGGUUCCAUCAGCUCGACAAAGAAUAUUUACCAAACUCCCAAGGACAGCGAUGGCAACUGGACUUGGGUUGACGAGUACCCCGAGGAUGUUCACGAGGCAGCAGAGAACGAGGAGACGGCACAGUACGCCGUACUUGUGCGCAACAUGAAGUCUUCCGACAGCCGCAAGAAGCUCGAGGCUCAUUCUAUCGUCGUGCAAUCCCCCUGGCUGAGAAAGGCUUUGGGUGAUAUCUUGGAAGAUUACACAGGCGUGGCCUGCGAGCUCGAGCGCCUUGAGUUUGAAGCUCCAUUCCAUCCUUUUGUUCACCGCUGGACCGAAUUCUGCAAAUACAUGAAGAAGACCGAUCUUGACGAGAAGACUACGGAGCAUCUCAAGAUUCUGUACGACAUUUUGAAAUACGAGAUUGGCGACGCCAUCAAAGCGUUUGAGGAUUACGUUCUCAAGGGAGUCAUUACGUUUGACCAUCUGUGGAUGAUCUUCCAGCCCGGUGCUAUCGUGCUCUCCGCCUACAAGGGCCCAUUGUCAGCUUUCGAGCUGGAGGAGACUGAGUACAAGGCUACGCAGUGCGGCAAGUUCCUCGAACUGAGCGCGGAUUGCGUUGAUUAUGGUGGCAAGAACUUUGGUCGGUACGGCGAGAGCAUCAAGAUUGGCGAGUUCAUCGGCACCAAGAAAAUCACCAGCCUCAACGCAUACCCAUGGGCCUUCCACCCCGAAAAGGAUGCCGUCCGCCAAGCACUCAUCCGCCGUGGUGAGAUCUUUGAGGAACUUGCCGGCCACCACUACAAGCAGUAUAAUGGUACUGCCAUUACAUGGGACCGCGAGAACAACGAAGUCCCUAUCCAAGUAGACGGUCGGAUCGUUGUGGAUAUCAGCUCGUUCAACAGCUACAGCCCUUACUACCCCCGAUACCUCGACGACUGGUCUGCCAAAGAUAUUGAGGCGCUUUCGGCAUGGAAGCGCUCGCAUGGUGCUGGCAAGGAUGGAAACCUCAAGUUAACCCCCUACCACCAGAUGCUCGCCCGCUCGCGGACAAGAGGCUACUCCCUCAAGCUGAAGAAGUGGCUCGACUUUUUUGUCGAGAAGGUCGAAGAGAUCACGUGGAACACCAAUGCUUUCGACAAGCUCGUUCUCCCCGAAGACCAGAAGGAGCUCAUCCUUGCCUUCUCCGAGUCGCAGCUCGACGGUUCGAGUUUCGACGAUGUGAUUUCCGGCAAGGGCAAGGGCAUCAUCUGUCUGCUCUCUGGCCCGCCCGGUGUGGGCAAGACGUUGACCGCCGAAGCCGUGGCCGAGAACUUGAAGGUGCCCCUCCACACUCUCAGCUCCGGUGACCUGGGCUCUCAGCCGUGGGAAGUCGAGAACGGGCUGUCCCGUAUCCUCGAACUCGUAGCCCGGUGGAAUGCGAUCCUGCUCCUGGACGAGUGUGACGUCUUCCUGGAAGCGCGCUCAACGCACGACCUGGAGCGUAACAAGGUCGUUUCCAUCUUCCUCAGGACACUCGAGUACUACGAGGGCAUUCUCUUCAUGACGACGAACCGCGUUGACAAUAUCGAUCUUGCGUUCCAGUCACGUAUUCACGUUUCGCUGGAAUACCCCGACCUUACGGUCGAAUCACGCCGGCAGAUUUGGGGCAACUUCCUCAAUGGGGCGACGCUCAAGAGCGAAGUCACGGAUCAGGACCUGGAUGAUUUGGCCGAGCUGCAGCUUAAUGGUCGUCAGAUUAAGAAUAUCCUCAAGACGGCGCAGCUGCUUGCCGCAAGGAAGAAGAGCACAUUGCAGCGCAGUUUCAUUGACGUUGUGCUGAACAUUGAGAAACGGCGCCCUGGUGGCCGCCAGUAA